ACGGGAAGGGGUGGCGGCGGAUGACGCGACCCUACCCAUGACAUAUGCUGCCCCAAAUGUGCCCCAAUGUCGCAAAUCGAUACGUGUAUCUUCAUUCUCCUACCUGGGCACUUUAAAAUUUGGGACAGGGAUACGCUUGAACGCGACCUCUCGUCCAAAGCGCACCAAGCACCAAGCACCAAGCACCACACGCCCGGCUCCCGCCCAUCACUUACACAGUAGUCUUAGCUACACGUGUUGGAACGAGAACCUGGCCAUCGAGAUUGAAUCUCCAAGAGUGCACCUAGUCCCGUCCCUCGAGCUGAUUUAGCCCGUAAUAAUUACCUCUGCACAAGUGUUCUGGAGCUUUGUUGAAGCUUGUGACAGCACCGCUUUCCGGUUACUGUCUCCACGCCGCAACAUACAUACAGCACCCCUUGAGACGAGCCCGGUCCCCACACAUUAAACUCUUGGGCAUCGUGCCUCAGCUGCCUCGAUCGAAAGCCACCAUCUGUUAUCCCUCAACGGCGACCCCCAAAGACCCACACCGCGGAGUACAAACAACCCACUUGCAACCUUGUUGUAGAAGCACGCCGAAUCGUCCAUCAACCCUAUCCUAUCCAUCCAACGACCACACCCCCCUCUCACGACUCGACCUGUCUACCCGUCCUCCCGAGCCCCUCUACAACUCGAGCCUGGAGCGUGGUUCCGUAUUUAUGCAGCAGCAUCACAGCACGCCAUAGACAAAGCCGCUUUCCACAGCACGGCUCCCAGUCCGCUUGCAGCAGUCCGCCCCAGGUAUACCCAGGGCCACACCCUACACCACCGCCACAGCAACUGCCACACCUCAGAACUAUGGCAUCACCCAGUGCAUCCCAGGGCGGCAGCAAGCGCAAGCGGGCCGCCGCCGCCGCCGCCUCCGCCUCCGCCUCCGCCUCCUCCUCCUCACCAGACCUCGCCGACCCCAAGAGCGUACAGUCCGCCAUGGACGCCCAGCUCCAAGCAGAGUCCCGCGACGCUUCCGGCGAGGAGGGUGACACCACCGCCCCCGAGUCCUCCGCCGGCCCACCCUCCCAAGGCCACCGCAAGACCGACUCUGGCACACAACACCCUCCAAGCAAGCGCCAGCGCGGCAACAAUACCUCCGACAAGGCCGCCGACGCCUCCGUCGACCCCGGCGAGCCGAGCGACACCACAGAGGCCAGCGUCGACAUCGAGAACCGCGUCUCCAGGAAGAGUACACUGAGGGGCAAGGCCGCCGCCAACAACGCCGCCGCCAAGACCCCCGAGGAGCGCAUGCCACCCCCGCCUAUUGGCAAGCUCACACACCCCGUCGGCUACAGGACGAACCCGCCCCCUGCUGGGCGGCCCGUGAGGGUCUACGCUGACGGAGUGUUUGACCUGUUCCACCUCGGGCACAUGCGCCAGCUCGAGCAGGCCAAGAAGGCCUUCCCCGACGUGUACCUCCUCGUGGGAGUGACUGGCGACGAGGAGACACACAAGCGAAAGGGCCUGACGGUGCUUUCGGGCAAGGAGCGCGCCGAGACUGUGCGCCACUGCAAGUGGGUGGACGAGGUGGUCGAGAACUGCCCCUGGAUCGUGACCCCCGAGUUCCUGGCAGAGCACGAGAUCGACUAUGUCGCUCACGACGACCUCCCGUACGGUGCGGACGAGGGCGAUGAUAUCUACGCGCCGAUCAAGAAGGAGGGCAAGUUCCUGGUGACGCAGCGGACAGAGGGCGUGAGCACCACCGGGAUCAUCACCAAGAUCGUCCGGGACUACGAAAAGUACAUCGCCCGCCAGCUGAAGCGCGGCACCUCGCGCCAGGAGCUCAACGUGAGCUGGCUCAAGAAGAAUGAGCUCGAGCUCAAGCGCCACGUUCAGGACCUCCGCGAUAACAUCCGCUCCAACUGGUCGACCACCGGCCAGGAGCUCGGCAAGGAGUUCCGUCAGUUCUGGCCCGCCAGCAGGCCCCAGAGCCCCGCGCCCCAGAUCCUGGGCGGCGCAUCGUCCUCGGCCGCCGCCAACGGUGGCGACAUCCCCUCGAGCCCAUCCAUGUCCACCCUGGGCCCACGGUCGCCCGGUGCCGACGGCAGGACGCAGAAUGAUUUCAUCACCGGGUACACCCUCGGACUGAUCGGUGGUGUGCGUGGCUGGAUGACCAAGAGCCGGAGGAAUCUCCGCCAGGAGGACAGCCGCCCGCCGAGCGACGAGGAGUCGGAGGAGGAGCCCCGCGGGCGCAAGAGCACAGCGUCCGGCACUCCGGCCACCGCCGCGACGCCUGCGUAGGCGAAACCGGUCGAGUGGUGGGGGCAUGAGCGGAUGGUGUGAUAUUAAAACUUGAUGGCAGAAAUGAAGCAUUGCAACCGACACAAUUCGCGAGUAGGGACAGGAGGGGAUGAUAAUGAACUACAUAGACCUGGCUGCCUCACUUUGCACUACGGGACCGGUUCAGUUGGGAUACACGGGCUGGGGCUUUGAAGAAAAAGUAAGAACGAGGGGACCAGAAUGCCGGGUGUUUAGAAUGAAUGGCGUUCAAGGAACCUGUUUGGAAACGAUCUAUGGGCCUGCCCUGUUUUGCGCGUCGUCCUGUAGGGGUGUGUGAGCCUCUCGCCCAAGAACAACCCUACAUUAGCUCGUGGAAACGAAUAUCAAUAUCACUAUCUACGUCCCCCCUUUA